AUGAUGAGAUUUAUAAAUCUUGAGUUCUCAGAUGAGACUACUUUCUCAUUAUUCAAGUUAUAUCUGUUUGUAAAACGAACGAAAAAUGCAUUGGAUUCGAUUGAAAACAGGAAAACGAGGUUUCCACUUGCAAAACUUCCGUUUGUUCCGAUGAAAGAAGUGAUUCGAUCAAUGACUGUUCAAGAAAGAAUCAAAUUGGCAUUGUCCUCGUAUCAAAUGGAAUAUUUUGUCUAUUUGGCUAGAAUAAAAGCAUCCAGUUACUUCAUUUCAUUCAAAGAUCAAAAAUCCUAUAUUCAAUUGGAAGUUGCUGGAGAGAUGGACUGUUUUGUAUACUUGAAUGGAGGAAGAGAUGAUGGAAAUAUUCGUGGAAAAGAAAUCUCUAAGUGGUGUUGUGGGAAAAGUAUGAGUGAGAAUAUCGCUAGAGCUCUUGAGAGAAUUCAAAACUUGUUCCCUUCUCCUAAUGCAUUUCAGUUCUUGGACAUGGAAUACCAUGAAGCACAUUGGGUCCGUAUCGAAGAUUUGUUUUCAUUACGAAACAGUAUUAGUGUCACUUUGAUGCUCAAUCGUUUCAAUUGUCCCCAUUUGAACCAAUUGGUUUGUUUUUGGAUGAAAUGCACUCACAGUAUGUUCAGACAAUUGACGAUUCACAUGGAUAACACAGCUCCUUUUCUUCCUAAUCUCAUUUUCAAGGAUGUGACUUAUUUGACCACUUCAGGUCGUGGCUUCCAAGAGUUUGUAAUACAUUCCAAGUCAGCUACAUGUUUGGAGUUCCCAAUAGCUGUUAUUUCUUGGAUUGACAGCAUUUUUAAAAUGAUAACAACUCGAUUGGAUGGAGAAUAUUCUAAAGAAUACUCAAUUCUUAAACUACUAUCCCGGAAGAAUGAGCUCGAGGAGGAAAUAGCAAAAACUGACAGUCGGAUACCAGUGGGAGAUAGAAAAUAUGAUUUGAGCAAUCAACCAAUGAUCUCUCGAAAGUCAGAUCUUCUGAAGAAGAUUCGAGAUUUAAACAACCAGCUAAAGGAUCUGCAAGUGGAAUUUGUUGAUGGGAACGUUGUUUUAUAA